AUGAGUGAAGGAUAAUAAAUUAAGGAAAAUACGCAAUAAAAUGAAAUCCUUAUUGGAAUGCCAAAAUCUGGAAAUCCUUGGAAGAAACUUUCAACAAAAUCAAGUACAAGAACCAAAAGAUUUCAUAAAGUUUCAUGGGAAGAAAAGCAAAAAUAAAGAUAACAAAAGAAAGAAUUAUAAGACUAUUUGAAAGAGUAUAAAGCUGAGAAGGAGAAGCAGAUUUAAGAAGAAAAAUUGAGAAAAAAGAAUAAGAAGAAAUAAGAUGAAUUAAAUAAAUAUAAGACAGCUGAUCUUUAAAUUAUAAAAGAAUCCAAAAAUAUUAAAAAAUGGACCAAAAAGGCACGUAAAACCUUGGUCAAAUUGCCUGCUGAAAUAUUUGAAACAUUGCUAGAAAAACAAAGAAGAAGAUGA